AUGAGCGAGCAGUGCAUUCUAAUACCGGGAGAAUUUGGCGUGUUCGUGCAGGUCUUCCUCGGGUGUGUGUCCCUAGGCAUAUUAAUAACCAAGUACCUCUUCGAGAAGCCAAGAAGAACAUUCAUCAAUUUUUUGAAGGACGUAAUUGUAAUCAUAUGUGGAUCAGUAACGCUACACACAACAAACAUGUGUGGGUGCAUACUCAUUUUUAGGUACCACCUGCUGUCCUACCUGUACAAUAUUGAAAUGGACGAGUGCUCCAUUUAUUUUAUUCAAAUCAUAAUUGAUGCCACAUUGGGUAUAUACGUAGAAUAUAAAUUAUUUGCAUUAUUUAAGCUUCUAAAAUUUAGAAAGGAGUACCUGCACAACAACUCUAUAUCGUCCAUAUACAAGCCGAUUGAUGCUCUCUCUCACUAUUCCUCCUUCGUCAACUUCGCCAACAGUAAUGAGGAACAGAAAGGGAAUGACGACAAAGGUGGGGGCAUUGCGAGAAGAACAGAAGAAGGCCACCCUGAUACGUCCACCCCAUCAAAUGUGAACAGUGGACCUCCGCAAAAGGAAAAUCCCGGUGCGUCCAACUCGAAUGAAGCCACGGGUGAGUUGCCCCCAAAUGAGGCUCCACAAAAUGGGUCAAACAAUUUGCAAAGGGCCAAAGAUAGUAAGCCGGGCACCACGGAGAAUGCCCUCCUCAAUGGGGCCCCCUGCAAAAGUGUGGGAAAGAACCUCACGCCCAGCGGAGGCGCGGCAACUGGGGAAGUGAGGGGGCCGAGCGAAACGAAGGAAAUGCGCCCCAUGAACGAAACGAACCAAACGAGCACACACCCGGAGGAAGCGAACCAGCGCAAACAGCAGGGAGGACAUAUCAGCCCAGACAAUGCAAACGACACAGGGGGAGGACAAAACGCCUAUGAAGAGUGCCGCCAAUACAACAAGUAUAAAAAAUACAACAACAACAAUAACAACAAUAACAACAAGUACAACUGCGAAGAGUACAAAAAUGAGUUAAAAUUACUGACGGACGAACCCCCCAAUGAGGAAGUCUGCAUUCAGCUGAACGAAAAUGGCGAUCACGAUAAGGAGAACGCAGCUACGUAUGAUAAUAAAAAUUCCGAAAUUUACAAAAAAAUUGAAGAAAAUUACAUGGACAUGGAUUUGCUUCAAAAUAUUCUCAUCUGGGUGUCUGUAGUCCUUACCGCUAAGCUUCUAUCCUUUUUGAUUUUUUUCCUCCUCUCUCCCAUCUUUAACAUGUUCGCCAUGGGAACCAUCGCCUACAUCACGGACAUGAGGCACAGGCUCCUCGUGGUGAUGAUCGUCGUCCCCUUCUUCUUCAACUUCAUCAUGUACUCCUACAUGGACAGCAUCGUCAAGACGAAGCACACGUGCAGGAGCGCGGGCAGCGAUAAGAUUUAG